GCACCCUAAUUUCAUGACAUUUGACAUUUUUCUUGAUAAAUGUUAAGAGAAACUGUCACUGGCGUUAAAUGUAAACGCCAGGAAUUUAUUUUAUAAAAUGUUUUAAGUGUAGGAUUUACUUUAAGUAAGAAUUAAAAAACGUUCCUGAUAGAGUACUUAUUAAUUAUGUAGACUGUGCCGCGUUUAGAAAUCGAUUUCUCUUAGUUUCUUGAUUAGUGAAAUAUUUAUUAACACCAUGUCUGGUGUCUUUGGAUAUAGCCGCGAAGCUGUGAGGGUUAAAGUUAGGAAGUGUGAAGGCAGCCAACCUCCGGAGAUGAGAAAGUUUAGCGUUGACCCACAAAUAACAUCUUUCGAAGUCUUACAGAGUAUCCUCGGAAAGGCUUUUGACUUAAAGGGGGAUUUUACAAUUUGUUAUCGAGUGUAUGACGUUAAUGGCCAUGAGACUUACAUGCCGCUUUUAUCGGACUGGGACUUGGACGCAGCAUUUUUAAAGGCACAUAAUACAUCUCUAGCCACUAACUCUGAACCGUGUUUAUGUCUACGGGUGGAUUUGAAGCCAUUCGAGGAAUGCUCAGAUGAUUGGGAAAUAAAACAAAACGUUCCUAUUAUUACGCAAAUUCGAACAGCUACUAGUCAAGAAGCAAAACCAUCUCCUAGAUUGCACGGCAUUUUUAAUCAGAUGGGUAGGACAUUUAACAUGGUGCAAAGAGCAUUUAAUUUUGGCGAAGACGGCAACACUUCCUUGCAACCUCCUAGACCACCACUAUCAGACUCUGAGUUUAGAAGAUUUCUAGAUCCUGUUGGUCAGAUAAUUUACACAAAAGAACUUAGGUCCGUUAUUUACUUUGGAGGAAUAGAUCCUAGCUUAAGGAAAGUCGUUUGGAAGCAUUUAUUAAAUGUGUAUCCGGAAGGAAUGACUGGGAGAGAGCGAAUGGACUACAUAAAGAAGAAAGCGACGGAAUAUGUAGGAUUAAGGGAGACAUGGAAGACGGCAAUUGCUCAAGGUCCAGUUGUCGGCGAAUUGGCCUACACCACUGGAAUGGUAAGGAAAGAUGUACUGAGAACCGACAGGCACCAUCCGUUUUAUGCUGGAAGUGACGAUAAUCAAAACAUAGCCUCACUUUUUAAUAUUCUAACAACAUAUGCGCUGAAUCACCCGAAAGUAAGUUACUGCCAAGGAAUGAGCGAUCUCGCAUCCCCCCUUCUCGUUACAAUGAAUGACGAAGCUCACGCCUAUAUUUGCUUUUGCGCACUUAUGCAAAGGCUGUGUACAAAUUUUAUGAUAGACGGCAUAGCGAUGACACAGAAAUUCACCCACCUAGCCGAAGGCCUGAUGUAUUACGAUCCUGAAUUUUAUAAUUACUUGAAACUUCACCAGGCUGACGAUUUGCUAUUCUGUUACCGCUGGUUACUUUUGGAAAUGAAGCGAGAGUUUGCGUUUGAAGACUCUCUGCGAAUGUUAGAGGUUCUGUGGAGCUCACUGCCGGCGGAUCCACCCGAGAAGGAACUAAAGUUAUACGAUACACUCUUCCAACUACCCACUAUUUCGACGCCUCCCAUCAGCCCUUUAGUCAAAACACCAAGAGAAAAUCCCUACACCAAAGUAUGCGCCUUAAGAAGACAGAGUUCAUCGAUAUCACUAAGUAAUUAUAAUUGUAAGAAGAUGAUUCAGGUUAAGCGACAGAACCAUAGUCUAGACGAUUCGAUAAGUAAGUGUAGAAAUAAUAUAGUAGACAUUAAAUUCAAACACCAAAGCCUAGACGAUACCGCUCUGACCCGCAGUAGAAAUAAAAGCAACGACGCUAGCCCCAAGUCCCCGAAUAACUGUAGCUCAAACAAGGAUGACUCCUCGUCAAAAAGUUCCGAUCUGUUGCCCAUCACGCCUAAUUCACCGAAAUCCCCUAGAUCCCCCAAGAUGGAACUCAGGCCUAGAUCUGUCUCCCCGCUAGAACAAAAGUCCGAUUCCGUAGUCUUGAACAAUAGAAUUAAUACUCAUCGAAUAUUUAAAGAUAGAAGCGGUAGUUUGUCUUCCAGCAUGUCAAACCUCAUUAGAAACUCCAAAAAGACGGGUCACUUUAAAGAACUGAAGGAAAAAAUCGCAGCCGCUAAAUUAUUCUCUUCCUUAGAUCGACUGGACACCACGCACUCGAUAAAAGAAGAGGAAGAGAGAAAACCGAGGGGGAAGAUGGUGAAAAACUUGAACGAAUUCCUCAACUUCGGUACCGUUAACAAAAAUAAAAUUUCCGAUAUGAAUUUCGACACGGGUAGCGAGAAACCGAAGAUAAUGCUCACGAAAUCCAGUUUCGACGAUUCUGAGAGUUCCAGUUAUGAACACAAUUCCAAUAGCACAGAAAAGACAAGGCAUUACUCAUCCACUUCUAACAGCUGCGAGGACACGUUCGAUGAAACUAGUCCAGAUGAUUCGCAAGAAUAUUUCCCCAUGACUACGUCGGUAACUCGAGAACUGCGACUUGAGCUUGAAAAUUUAGACCGCAAAGUGUUUGGCGAUAAGUAUAUAGACAGGCUUUCAGAGUCGCCAUCUAGUGAGGGAAAUAGCGAUACUAAGACGGAAAAAGAGAGUAUUGUCCAGAAGGUGGACAUAGAAAUAAACGACGCAAAAGAAAUUUUCGACAAGAGAAAAAGUGAUGAUAUUUUUGUGUGGGAGAAUCCGUUACACCAGACGAGCCCAAAUACUGCCAAUAAAAUUUCUUGUUACACCGAAACACCCGACGAGCAAGCCGACAUUGAAUACGAUACACCUACAAUAGUUAACGAGACCUCAGCGAGAAAAACCGUUACUCCCAUCACGAUCAUCAACCAUACCAGUAAAGAGGACAUUAAAUCCUUGGAAAAAAUAGAAAAUGAAGAUUUGGAACAAAAUGUACCCCCCGAACCGGUUCCCACUUUCCCUAAAUUUAACAGCAUUACAGUAAACGGAACAGCGCCAGGAAUGACAAAUUCAUGCGAGGAAGUGACUGAAUCCAUAAAAACCUCUUCUCUGUUGCCAGCUCCCAAUGAAUUCGGCGGUGGUAACCCCUUCCUGAUGUUCUUGUGCAUAACCUUACUUAUGCAGCACAGAGACCAUAUCAUAGGCAAGGCGAUGGACUAUAACGAGAUGGCGAUGCAUUUCGACAAGAUGGUGAGGAAGCAUAACGUCAUCAGGGUCUUGAACCAGGCCAGACAGAUGUACGCGAGAUACAUAAAACAGCACAGUAUAGCUCAGCAAAAAAUCGAUUCGAGAAACGAGGACUGUUAAUAGGAAUUAAUUUAUUCUUUUCAUGAUUAUUCUGUGAUAUUUUUCUUUAUUCUUUUAGUUUCCGUGAUAAAAUGAAACGUGCCUACUUUUUUUCGGUUUAUGGUUUAGUCGCUAAUGUGAAAGGAAUUAAUCUUGCAGUUAAAAGAUCCGAUUUUUACUAUAUUGUCAAAUUUUGGCUUCUUCUAUUUAAUGUUAAUUCAGAUAUUGAGUACAGGCUACAGGGAAACCAGAAACUGUUCCAGACACACGGUGGCUCAAAUUACAAAA